CUUAAAUUCCUCCUCCUAUUACUACCACUACUAUUAAAAAUAAUAAUAAUAUAGGCUAGCAGUGUACAAAUCCCAUCACGAAAGGUAGAAACUAUUUUAGGAAUAGAUUGCAGCGGGUAUUUGGUCGAAUGCUUUUAUACAUUUUAAUAUAGCGUUAUUGAGCACAAAUAAAAUUCCCCGCUUGGUUUCUCUAGUCUUCUCAGUCAUGAAACUGAUUGAUAACAGAUAGCAUAGCCUGUCAAGCCCCUUUCCAUUUUGUGUACACUAGGUGGCGGUAAACACCAAAAGAGACGUAAUCUGCCAAUAAAUUUAAUUAAGAGGAAGAAAAAGGAAGACGUGACGUUCGGCUGCCGUGAAGUGCGGAGGCAGAAGCGGAAGUAUACGUCACUUCCGCGAAGAGUCGUCGAUACUGCUCCGAAGAAAAGCAGCGUGACCUACGAAGUGCACUUGAUGGAAGAAGUCUUCAAACUUGAUUCGAAAUGGCGUUCCAAGAUCACGCGUAUACGAGUACCACAUAUGAUACAGUUAACCCCGUGGAGCCGAUUUAUAAUUGGAGCCUGAAAGAAGCGGAAGAGCUUGUGAAGCUAAGGAUGUCAAAUAAUUAUCUCUUUUCUGGGAAAAGAAAUACUUCCGCGUGGGCAUGGAUGGCCAUCCUCAGACAUAUGGGCUUGCAAUACAAACUGAACCACCGUCAAGCCAAAAAAAAAUGGCAAAACCUAAGGCAGCGAUACAAGGAGCUCAAGGACAAAAGUCAUUGUUAUAUGUGGCCUCUCUUCACUUUGAUGGAUGAUGCCAUGGAAGGUAGACUGGAAGGCAGUGCCCCCGUUUUGGGAAUCUGCGCUGAAGAUAAAUUGUGUAUUUCUCCCAGAGGCAAGAAGAGAAAGAGAACCCCAGUGAGCAUCUCACCGGCUCAAGUAACGAACAUUGUCCCGGAAAUUGAGGUGACAUUGAAUGGAGAUAGUGGAACAGGAGAGGAGGAGGAUGGUGCUGAUGAGGAUGGGAUGGAAGACAGCCAGGAGUUCAUGUCACAAGACGAGGCAACAGAGAGGGAAAAGCGAUUCAUGGAGCUAGAGCGCAUGGCUCUGCAACGAGACAGGGCAUUGCUGGAGCGGGAGAUUGCCAUUGUGGACCGGGACCGAGCCCUGAUGGAGCGUGAGAGGCUGCUGAUAGAGCGGGAGAAAGAGAUGGUGGCCAAGGACCGAGAUGCCAUCAAUAGGGAAAGGCAGGCGCUGGAGAGACAGAAAGCCGUGUCGGAACCCCCCACCUCCCGGAAGACCACCAGAGACAAUGACUCAAUCGACAGGACGGAACGCUUUCUGGAUUUAUUCGAAAAACUAAUUGAUAGUUUUUGAUUGGGACUAAACCUUGGUCCUUUUGGCCCCAAAAUGACAUCUUUUUAAAAUCAAAAGCAGGGACUUUUUUUUUAAACAGUCAUGAAUAAUAACAUUAAAAACAAGCUUUUUGUUUUGGAAGAGGUCUGCAAAAGAACUUUAUUUACUCAUGUGGUUAUACGAUACAGAGCACACAGGAGCAAGCAGUUAGCAUUGUUAUUUGCCACAACGCUCCUUCCAGUUCAUGAACAAUAGUCUUUGGAAUAAGCUAUUGUGCACAAAAAUCUAAACUGAAUUUUAAAUUUUUAUAUUCGGGAAUGAGAAUUUUCGGACCAAAAUGACCAUGGACCUCUUGGAGAUCUCAAGGUCGUGCGGUGCAUUAUGGGUCAUGUGCUUUGCCUUCGUGCCUGUCAAUUUGAAUGCCAUAGCACUUACUUUGGAAUGAAUCGCACCUCGGCCGUAAUUUCAUGAGUGAAAUGAGUUUUAAACGACAAGGUUUA